UCCUCCGACCCUCCGCGAUCCCUCCAACGAGCACUCUUUCAAUUCCCGGCUACCGUUGCUGCCGCCCUUUCACCCCGCCGUAACCCCCUCCCUUCCCCCCCGUGGGGUCCUGGAGGCCGCCGUACCAUGACUUCCUUAAAGCAAUUCAUUCGCAAUGUGCGUGCCGCAAAAACAAUUGCCGACGAGCGUGCCGUCGUGCAAAAAGAGAGCGCCGCCAUUCGCGCAAGCUUCAGGGAAGAAAGCCACGACUCUGGAGUGAGGCGAAACAAUGUUGCCAAACUUCUCUACCUAUUCACCCUCGGCGAGAGGACACAUUUUGGCCAGAUCGAAUGUCUGAAACUGCUGGCUUCUCCGCGCUUCGCCGACAAGCGUCUAGGUUAUCUAGGUACUAUGUUGCUUUUGGAUGAGAAUCAGGAAGUCCUGACUCUGGUGACCAACUCGCUCAAAAACGACCUGAACCACCCCAACCAGUACAUCGUCGGCUUGGCCCUAUGCACGCUUGGAAAUAUUGCAUCUGUAGAAAUGGCUCGAGAUCUCUUCCCCGAAGUUGAGACAAUAUUGUCCAGCGCGAAUCCAUACAUACGGCGGAAAGCGGCUCUCUGCGCUAUGAGGAUAUGUCGUAAAGUGCCCGACCUGCAGGAGCACUUUCUGGAGAAGUCGAAAUUGCUUCUUCAGGAUCGCAAUCACGGUGUACUCAUAAGUGGUCUGGUUUUGGUGAUAAGUCUUUGCGAAGCAGACGAGCAGGAGGACGAUGAAAAUGGCAUAAGAGACAUGUUCCGUCCCAUGGUCGGAAGUCUGGUGAAGAUACUCAAGGGACUUUCUGCAUCUGGCUAUGCCCCUGAACACGAUGUACAAGGAAUCACGGACCCUUUCUUGCAAGUGAAAUUGUUGCAGUUGAUCCGUGUCCUAGCGCGAGGGGAUGCACAGGUCAGCGAGCAGAUCAAUGACAUUUUGGCUCAGGUUGCAACCAAUACGGAGUCUUCGAAGAAUGUGGGAAACUCGAUUCUUUACGAAGCUGUGCUCACUAUUCUCGACAUCGAAGCCGAUUCUGGGCUGCGAGUACUAGGUGUCAACAUCCUUGGAAAAUUCCUUUCCAACAGGGAUAACAACAUUCGCUACGUUGCUUUGAACACGCUUAUCAAAGUUGUCGCGAUUGAGCCCAAUGCCGUACAAAGGCACAGAAAUACCAUUCUAGACUGUCUGCGGGAUCCGGAUAUUAGUAUUAGACGCCGAGCUCUGGACCUCAGUUUUACUCUCAUCAACGCCAGCAAUGUCCGGGUCCUGAUACGGGAAUUACUCGCUUUCCUUGAAGUCGCAGACAAUGAAUUCAAGCCCGUCAUGACCUCACAGAUUGGCAUUGCCGCUGAUCGGUUCGCACCAAACAAGCGCUGGCAUGUUGACACCAUGCUUCGCGUUCUGAAACUUGCUGGAAAUUACGUCAAGGAGCAGAUCUUAUCAUCAUUCGUUCGACUCAUCGCCACUACCCCAGACCUGCAAACAUAUUCUGUACAGAAACUCUACGCUGCAUUGAAAGAAGACAUCACUCAAGAAGGAUUGACCCAAGCUGGUUCGUGGGUCAUUGGAGAAUAUGGCGAUGCUUUGUUAAGAGGAGGGCAAUAUGAGGAAGAGGAGCUGGUUAAAGAAGUCAAGGAGAGCGACAUCGUUGACCUUUUCGACAAUCUGCUCAACAGUAGCUAUGCCGGGCUCAUUGUGACACAGUAUAUUGUGACGGCAUCAAUGAAACUCACCACUCGGCUUACGGAGCCUGCACAGGUCGAGCGCUUGCGACGACUUUUGCAGCGAUUCGGCACUAAUCUUGACAUCGAGGUUCAACAACGAUCCGUGGAGUACAUCAACAUGUUCUCCUUUGAUCAGGUCCGCAGAGGAGUGCUGGAGAAGAUGCCCGCACCGGAGAUUCGGGAGGAACAGCGCGUGCUCGGAGAGGCUACAACCAAGAAACGGCAAUCGAAGAUACUUCCAAAGAAGAAACCAGCACAAGCAGCAACGGAAGAUCUUCUUCUCGAUCUCAUGGGCGAUUCGGGUGUACCUGGCGAUGCCAACGGCUCCACCAAUGGCCAACCACAGAGCUCCGACCUGCUUGCAGAUAUUCUCGGAGGUGGUGGACCCUCCGCCGCAUCCCCGCCACCCCAGACCUCCUCGCCCGCACCAUCCAAUGUCGCUAAUAUUAUGGACCUCUUCAACUCAGGACCAUCCGCUUCCCCUGCACCAGCCGCACCCCAAUCACAGCCUCACAAUACGUCUGCGUCCUUCGAUAUUCUUGGUGGCCUAACGCCCGCAUCACCGCCACCAAGCUCCGCUCCCCCACCCACUGCGUCUGGACCUCCCGCUCACCCUGUCUAUAACAAGAACGAUCUGCAAAUCACCUUCCAGUUGAAGCGUGAUGCCAACGCAGUUCAGCUACUUGCCCGCUUCCGUAACACAAGCGACUUCUCGCAACUAUCUGCCGUCAACCUGCAAGCUGCCGUGCCCAAGAGCCAAAAACUGCAACUGCAACCCAUCAGUGCAAGCGAGCUCGAUGGUGGGCAGGAUGCUACGCAGCAGAUGAGGGUUACCGGUGUCAAUGGGCCUCCUCCCGCUAGGUUACGACUUCGACUCAAGGUGUCGUACACAGCUGGUGCUGGUCCCGUGACGGAGCAGGUCGAUUGGUCCGAGCCAACUUAG